CCCUGAUCAGUGCCGGGAUUGGCUUGGUAGAUACAUCUCGAUUUCAAUUGGUAAAUCCGCUCACUCCCACUUCACAUUCCCCAAAUCCAAGUUGAAGGUGAAAGUCUUUUCAUCCCGUGAACUGUCCCGGUGCUGCGCCGAUAACCGUUUGUUGUUGCACCGUUGCCACGGUCUCCAGUUAAAUAGCAGCUAUGUCGGUGUUUUCUGAAGUCCUCCAAGCAGCCCCUGUAGCUGUUUUCAAACUAACGCAGGAUUUCAACAACGACCAGUUUCCCCAAAAGGUGAACCUCGGAGUGGGAGCUUACCGGACAGAUGAAGGCCUGCCGUGGGUUUUGCCAGUGGUGAAAAAGGUGGAAAAGAUCAUUGUGCAUGAGGACAGCCUCAACCAUGAGUACCUGCCCAUCCUGGGUCUGCCUGAGUUCAGAUCCUUGGCCUCUAAGAUCGCACUGGGAGACGACAGUCCUGCCGUUCAGGAGAACAGGGUGGGGGCCGUCCAGUGUCUGGGCGGUACAGGUGCUUUGAAGAUGGGUGCAGAGUUUCUCAGGCGAUUCUACAAUGGAAACAACAACACCAAAACACCCGUCUAUGUGUCUGCACCUACCUGGGAAAAUCACAAUGCUGUAUUUGCCAGUGCUGGCUUUGAGGAUGUCCGUCCUUACAAGUACUGGGAUGCAGAGAAGAGGGGCCUCGAUUUGGCUGGUUUCCUUGGUGACUUGGAGAGCUGUCCAGAGCACUCCAUCUUUGUGCUGCAUGCAUGUGCCCAUAACCCCACUGGCACAGACCCCACACAGGAGCAAUGGAAGCAGAUCGCUGAAGUCAUGAUGAGGAGGAAGCUGUUCGUGUUCUUUGACUCGGCUUAUCAGGGAUUUGCCUCAGGCAAUCUGGAGAAAGAUGCCUGGGCGGUCCGAUACUUUGUCUCCGUGGGCUUUGAAAUGUUCUGCGCUCAAUCGUUCUCCAAGAACUUUGGCCUCUACAAUGAACGUGUGGGAAACCUGACCGUAGUGGCUCGUGAUGCAGACAACCUGAAGCGAAUUCUGUCCCAGAUGGAGAAGAUUGUCAGGACCACGUGGUCCAACCCACCGUCUCAGGGAGCCCGCAUUGUUGCUGUAACUCUGAACUCACCGGAGCUCUUUAAUGAAUGGAAGGACAAUGUGAAGACCAUGGCUGACAGGGUCUUGUUGAUGAGGGCUCAGCUGAAAGAUAAGCUCCAAGCUUUGGGGACACCAGGGACCUGGGACCAUAUCACAGAGCAGAUCGGCAUGUUCAGCUUCACAGGCCUCAACCCCAAACAAGUGGAAUACAUGGUGAAGGAGAAACACAUCUACUUAAUGGCCAGUGGUCGCAUCAACAUGUGCGGUUUGACCACCAAGAACAUAGACUACGUGGCUGAGUCCAUCCAUGAGGCUGUCACCAGGGUCCAGUAGAGGACUGCACUACCCACAGUUCCCAGCACUUCUUCCUGAUGGCACCGAGCCACCUGACUCCAGAGAAAGUGUUUGUAUCCUGCAGAUUUUCUGGAACAAACACAAACUCUCAUUUGCACAAAUAUACAGUCAGUCUUCGUCUCACUGGCCCUGUUUCUCCUCUCGGUGUUUGUACUAAGCUUGGAUAACAAAUCCUGGUCCUAUUUUUACCUGACAGCACAAAGAUGAUCAAAAUUUUAAUGUUCUCGUUUAACUCGUGGUAGGACAGCAAAUACGAGAAUUAUUCCUUUAAGUAAUCAUGUAAUCAUCAAUUAGUGCAUGUGUCAUUACCGGGACCUUUGAGAGGGUUCAUACAUAUGUGACUGUAUUAGAGACAGAUACCUCAGCAGUGCUGACUCCAACCUCUAAAAAAUGCUUAAUGUCACACUGUCAUCCAUUCCAAGUGUUAAUAACACAUUUUUUAAUUAGCCAGCAGUAAUUAGCAUGUAUGAUUAACGGUUGUUAAGAGCAUUUGAGUAAUACUAACAUGACCAAACUGACUCAUUGCAGAGGAAGCAAUUGAAGUGCAUGUUGUAAGUAUUUACCACUUCUGUCAUUACUGAAGUAACCGUAUUACUUUUAUUGCUGGAUGUAAUUUGAACAAUUAUUGAAUGUUCUCAGGAAGAUAUUUUUAACUUGAACUAUGUAAUUUAUUAAUGAUCCUGUCUUCCGCCCCAGAGGGGUUACACUAAUUACCUCACUUCUAAUCUCUAUUGGUAGAGCACAAAUGGCACUGAAUGGUCCUAACAGGUGCGGUGAAUCCAGCCUAACCUCUGUUUUCUGUGGCCCACUUACUGUUGCUGGAUGUUUCUGGUUUUGUCAGGCGCCUGCCAAGUUAUUGCUGAGUUUGCACAGCGAUCGUCUGUUCCUAUCACUGGUGUACUAUUAUGUAAGAGGUCAGUGGCACAAACAAACACUAAUGAUCAACUGGCCUGCUGUCAUAUCAGUGUACACAGUACACCAAUAAAGCAGUAAUGCUGUUGAGCAAAUGAAAUGAAAAAAAAAAAGUCCUUAUCAGACAGUCUAAUGGGAUGAAUAAACACUACUAAUAAAGAACUAUAAACAGUA